CACAGGAAGAUCUGCCCAGAGAACAGAGAGGUGGCAUGCAAAGCCCAGCACAUGCUGUUCCCCAUUUACCAGUUGAGCAAUCGGGGCGGCACAUGCCCUGCACACAUCUCCACCAUGAACCCAUGCAGCAGGACAGAACUGGGCAAACAGCCUGGGCAGGAGGCAGACCUCCCCUUUUCCCAGAAUGCAGCUUGGACACCCAGAGCAUGGCCACUGCUCUGCAGCUGGUGUUCUCACGUGCCAUCCCAAGAGGCUGGAGGUGCCUGUGGGACCAUGGCCCAAGAGGGCUCUGAGCAUCCUGCACAGGGAGAUACAGACUCCUCCAGCACUCAGGGGCUCUUAUCACCCACCUGCAGCUGGGCUGAGGGAGGGGAGAUGCAGCAGACCCUGUGAUGUAAACAGGACUGGGCACUGCAGGAGCAGGACAAAUUGCCAAAUUAAAGUGUUGGAUGAGGUCCCACAUGGGCUGGUAGCUUCAGGGCAUGGGAAGUCAUUGCCCAGAGGAUGGGAGGGGGAAGUUUGGUGGGGUGGUACCCAGACAGACUCCCAGGUCUGCUGUCCAGGCCAUCCAGCCCCUCUGGACUGUGCCCUGCUCACUCAAACAAGCUGGAAGUGCUGGGCAAGCUAAGUCCAGCCAUAAGUGGAUGAGGGGAUCAGAGGAGUGGGAAGCAGACUGAAGACCUUUCAACCCGUCUCAAACCUGCUUUCCUGGAGCCAACCUGCAGACUGAGCAGGCAGUCCUCGAGUCUUGUAAUUCCCACUUUCAGUAGUGAAUCCUGUCUGCCCUGCUGUUGAUUGACUGUGGAUAUGCUGGCAUCCAGGAUGGAGACCGUAGAAAGUGAGACCCUGAUUGAUGAGGUGGAGGAGAUGAGUGGAAGAGCUGACGUGACUCUGGACCCAGACACUGCCAACCCCUUCCUCGUUUUGGCCAGCGACCAUCGAGGGGUGGGACGGGGGCACGAGUGGACCUUGCUGCCCAACAACCCCGAGCGGUUUGACACGGAGCCAUGUGUGCUGGGCAGCCAAGGCUUUGCUGUGGGGAGACACUACUGGGAGGUGGAGGUGGCCGAGGCAGGGGACUGGUGGGCAGUGGGAGUGGCCCAAGAGUCUGUCAGGAGGAAGGGGAUCCUCAGUUUUACACCCCAGGAGGGGAUCUGGGCUGUGGGGCAGUGGUUUGGACAGUACCAUGCUUUCAGUGAUCCUGACUGGACCCCACUGCACCUUACCUGCCUCCCCAGGGCCAUCCAGGUCUGCCUGGACUUUACAGACAAGCAGGUGACUUUUGCUGAUGCUGAGAGUGAAGCCCCAGUCUUUGCUUUCUGCCUGGCCUCGUGUGCUGGGGAGAGGCUGCGCCCGUGGCUCUGGGUCGGGAUGGACUCGUGGCUCAAGCUGUGCCCCUGACAGGGAGGGAACAUGAGGGGCAGGGGAGAGACUGAAAGGUGAACGCCAUCACCUUGGGUCUUGAUGCUGGGAACUGGGAGGGUCCUGCAUCCUGCUGGCUUCUCCUCAUGUGGAUCCUCUGGCCACCAAGGAGAGGACUGGCAGGUCAUGGAGGUGGAUGCCACAACAGAGCCUCCUUUAUCCCCCCACCCCUCAGCUGGGACUACAGGGACAACAGGGAGCACAGAGACUGGGUGCAGGGAGGAGCUUGGUGCCUGGUGGUCUCAUGUGAGGGACCAUCACUGAGUGCCAGAGCACCGCAGAGCUGCUCUGUACGAGGCCACGGAAAUAUAGCAGGGUCCAGCUCCUCCACAGGUGCUGGCAUAGUGCCUCUGGCUUUUUUUCAAUUAAGUUAAAAAACCCAAACACAGCUGGAUACUCAUGAUAACACUUAUCUUCCCCACACAUCCAGUGCCUGUCCUUGCCUGAUGUGCACCAAGCACAUUUCUUGCAGCAGAGCACUGGUGGCAGUGCAGGGGCAGAAGCAGGGGCAGGCCAGGAAGGAAAGCACAAUGCUGAGCUGUGUCUGAAAUCCACAGGAGAGGCAGGAAUCCACAAGAAUGGCCACAGAUCUGCCAUUCUCAAGGUCCCACCUCACAGGAUCCUGCUAAAUCCUGUCCUUAAGAGUGGAGAAGGUGGAUGUAGGUGAAAGGGGACAUUGCCUGGGUCCAGCCUAGAUUUCAUCUCUGAACACUUCUCUGGACCUUCUUUACUGCCACUUCAGUUGUCAUUGUUAUGGAUGAAUGUCAAAAUUCAUAUUUUAUUUAGGUAGAAAGCAAAUGCAAGGUGGUAUAAAAUAUAUUAAAGGUAGAUAGAUAUUAAAGGAUUGGGGUUGGUGUGGGGAUCGCGUCUGGACAUGUUUCAGAAAAAGCCAGGAAAAGCGGCCAGCAGUAUUGAGAAACCAACACACACACAUACCACACCAACAGAAUACAUUUACAUGUGAAACACAGCAGGAACCCAUGGUUUCGAAGUUUCAGUUAAACAAGGAAUUACGCCAUCGGCAGCACAUUUGGCUACUCCCGACCGGAGGGAAGAAGCACACACUAUUCAGAAUUUUAAUCUACUUCUGGGAAAUCUCUUAGUUUGUAAAAGAGAUUUCCAGUGAGGACUGCAUAUCGGGUAUUCAGAGUGUUAACAAGGAUAUCUCUCUCGGUAUGAGACGGUGUGGAUUGUUAAGCUUAGUUGUUUGAGUCCUGUCUAGCACAAGACCAGAAGCCGAUGAAUUAUUCCCAAAGACAUCGAGGACUGGACCAUCUUCCAUCAGAUAGCAUUCUACUGGACCAGAGAAGCCUUUGGGACUUGUUUGAUUAUGAAAAGGACAAUGGACUUCCUAGCCCGCGGCAAGAAAAAUGGGAUAAAACCUAGGUUUGAGAAGACCGUGGUGUGCCGCCGCACUCCGAAGCUGCCAGUGCUUGGAGCUGCUCAGCGUGUCACCCAGGGUCUAUUCCCGGGCCAGACUCUGUCCGAUCCGUGGCUGACGGAAAUUCUGUUAAAUUUACGCGAAAUAAAUUUUGUAUUUUGUUUUUAUAUCAUAAUUUGGCUCUUGCAAAUUAUUGAUAAAAUUAGAUUGGCAAUUUCAUUCAUAACAUCAUCGUUGUGGUGGCAUCUGGGCACAGGCAACAACAUUGGUCUCCCUGCUCCACUCCAGGAGCUGCAGAGUUGCAGCGCUGGGUCAAGCCCAGGUAUCUGCCCCCAGAGCUCUGCCCUAAGCCUCUUCCACUGUGGUAGCAUCAAGACUGGGGAAACCCAGAGUUCUCUGUUUCCAGUGAGGCACUUCCUACUCUCCAUGGGCAGGAGCCUCUGAGACUGUCCUAGUUUUGCUUGGGAUGGAGUUAAUUUUCCUCUCAGUGGCCAGCACAGUGCUGGGUUUGGCAUUUAGGGUGAGAAUAAUAUUGAUAGCAACAACCAAACCAUCAGCCAUGUGGUGUUUACCAUACCUUUUCAGUGUCUCAUGCUCUGCCAGCAAGGAGUUGCACAAGAAGCUGGGGGGGAGCACAGCCAGGACAGCUGACCCGAACUGGCCAGAGAGAUAUUACACACCAUAAAACAUCCUGCCCAGUGUAUAAACCGGGGGAGCUGCUGGUGAGGGGCUGAUGGCUGCUGGGAGACAGGCUGGGCACAGAUCAGCGGGUGCUGAGCACCUACACUGGGCAUCACUUGUUCUAUUUUUUUCAUUGCAAUUAUCAUUAGUAUUAUGACAUAUUACUUUAUCUCAAUUAUUAAACUGUUUUUACCUCAAAUCAAAAGUUUUUCCCCCCCUCCCCCUUGGAGGGUGGUGUGUGACUGAGUGGCUGUGUGGUGUUUAGUUGUCAGCUGGGGUUACACCGUGAUUGAGGUUCACAGCAGAAGGUUGGGUAUAGAGAUGGCAGAUUGUUAGUUCUGUAUUUUUGUCCUUUGUCAUGCAAAACAUCCCAAAAGAGUUGUGCUGUGCAUUUAGGGGCACCUACCUCAAUCAAGAAGAAGAAAUUCCUUUCUGAAAGCCAGCUAAGUCCCUCAGACUGGAGAAAAGUUGGGAUUUUCAACAGAUUGGUGUCUGGGAACUUCUUCACUGGAAUUUUGUGGUUUGGAGGGAGUAAAUAUUUUGCUCUGGUUUCCUUUUUGAUGUGCCCCCCAAAAAUUAAAUUUAAAAAAAUCAGCUCUCUGGGAGCUGAGUUGCAUAAUUGCAGCAUUUGUGUGAGAAAUACACAAUUUCAUGUAGAAUCGCACCACAAAGAUUCAGGGGAGCUUAAAUUCAGCUCUCAUGUGUUGGAGGUCUCUGCAUGUUGGAGCCACAACAGGUAGGAAGGGUAAGGAACACCAGGGUCCUUGAGCAAGGCUGGACCCACAUGAGCUCUACGUGGUUUUGGGGAGACAAGGGCCGGGAGGUUUGUGCCAUACCCAGCGUGGGCACAGACAGCACAUCAGAGCAGUGACCUGCUGCCUCCUCAACUGUGCCUGGACACAGAGGCCACAGGGCAACUCCCAAAGCCCUUGGUCCACAGCAGGGUGGGAUCAGACUCCUGAGACCCUCCUGCUGCCAGGGAAAAAGGCUGCAGCAGUGGACAGUGGAAGCACCUCAACAAACAUGCUCUUCCCAGCACUGGUCUGUCAGACAUGCUCCAAACAAAGUCUGCCUGGAUUUGGCACAUCAGCCAAGCAACUGUGACUGAACGCCCAUUCCCGUGAAACUGUUUCCUUUUUCCUGGUGAGCCCUUUCUCUGGGACUUCUGCUCCUUUUACACUGUUCUUGCUGUUGCAGAUGCCACUUUGUCUUCACCCCACACUGCCAGAUUGCUGUAUGGCAUCACAGUUUUAUUUUAAACUACUUGGCUGAGCCAAACAUGCCACUCUCUUUUUUAAUUUUUUUUUUCUUUUAAUAUAAACAAGCCCAGAAAACACUUGAUUUGAGAGCCUGGCCAAGAAACUCAUCCAAGGUCUUGCCCAAGGCUGAAGCCUUGUCCAGGACCUCAGAAAUGCAUCCAGCAUUGCUGUUGCAGUGCUUUGAGUGGCACUUUAAAUGGGCAGCUUCACAAUUUUCCAACCCCCUGCUGCAAGUGUGGCAUGACCAGAUUUUCAACACAGAUCCAGGGCCAGGGGCCAAUGCUGCAGGGGAUAUUGGGUCUCCUCAUUGCUCCACAGAACAGGGAAUGAUGGCUGUCCAAGUCUCUGCCCCGAGGUUCCAUGCCCUGCAACCCCUGCCAUGGUGCUGGCCCUGGAUGGCUCUCAGAGCCAGCUGGUAGCAAGUACACAGAGCAAGGCUCCUGCCCUGCAGCUUGCUGCCAGCAGCUCUUGCACACUUGGGCACAGUGCAGACACAGCUCAGACACAGCUCCAAGCGGCUCGGACACACUCAAAGACAGCUCUGACACAGUCAGACACAGCUCUGACACAGCUGGACACUGCCCACCUCACCAGGGCUCAGGCCAGAGUGUGGGCUCACAGACGUGUCCGGCGUCUCCCACAGCCCUGGAGUGAGGGGCUGGGCUGCAGGGCCGUGGGCAGGCCUGGGUUGGGCAGCUCACAGGGAGCCUCUGUAGGGUGGCAUCAUGCAGCAUCAGGGUUGCUCCCUGCAGCCCCAUACACACCCCUGGCCCAACCAGGGGCCAAAGGACUCUUGACUUGGCCCAAAUAUCAUCGCCUUGCUUGGCCCACGCCAGGCAGGCUUCUGUACACUGACAGAGAAACUGCCCAGAAAUGAAAAAAGCCUUGGGGUUUGUCCAACUUUGAAAUCUUCUGCUGGGGCCCUGGGGGCUAGCCAGGGCAGCUACUGCAGGCAGGGGGUACCGGGGUGCUCUCAAGGAGGCAGCCUGGGCUCUGCAGCCCUGGCCCCCUUCAAUAACAACACAACAGCCCAAAGUUUGUCUCACUUUUAUUUACAUCAUUGCACAGCCCAUUUCCCCAGAACGCACUGGAAUGUGGUGGGUCAGACACCGAUUGCCCACAUCCACGAGCUGAACAUCUCUGGGAAGGAGGACAAGACUCAAAGAGUCACUACUGGGUCUUGUGGGGGCACAUGCAACAACUCCAAUUAUUGGCAAUGACAACAAAGCCAAGGAUGCCGAGUGCAGCUACGGCCACACAGAGAACUGGCCCCCCCAGCCAAGGGCUUCUGGCUUUCACAGUUGCAUAUUUGGAUUGGUGGUGGGUUUCUUAACUGGAACAGUGGCUCUAACAAGCCCUUACCCUGGGGAUGUGCUAUGGGAGAGAGCAUCCCUCAUCACCUGCCAGAACUUGGUGCCUUGUGGGGCCAAGCUCCUGGGAGGCAGCUGGGGCUGGGAAGGUUAAACCGCUCACACUCCCCCCCACCCCCCCGUUCUUCUUCACUGGUGAUGUCCUGGUGACAAGGGGGUUGUUGGGAAGGGGCUGAAGGAAGGGGCACCCAGGACAAGGCACAGAGCAGUGGUGCAGAGCCUGCUGCCAUGGAAGGGGUGUGCAGGGCGGGAGCUCCUGCGUGGGAAUGGGAUGGGACUGGAGUAGGGACUGUCACGGGAGCUGGGCUGCAGCAGCCUCUCCACCAAGAGUACCAGAAGCAGAGUAAUGCCUGAAUGAGUGCAUGACUGGGAAAAGGGCAGACACCCACAGGUAUGUGGAAGAAGGGAAGGGACAGUGGGACGGCGGGCUGAGAGAGGGGAGCAGAGAUGCGCAGCCUGGCUGGAGCAGAGGACAUUCGCCCCACAGUCACACCAGCCCCUCAUGCUUGGAAGAGAGACCAGUUCAGAGCAGCCCUCAGGGCACACAGAGGCUGCUGUAAGAUGUGUCAGGGUGUCCCCAAGCUGCACCUGGGAGAGGGGACAGAGGAGAGAAGACAGACACCAGGGCCAAGGGCUGGAGCAAUCCUAUUGGGCAAGAUGGCACAUUGGUCCUUCUGCUCAGGCCACCAGCAACUUCCAGCUCAGGCUGACUGAACACACAAGGAAACACAUCUUGCUUUGCAGCUAGAGAGGAGGAGGAGAAGGAAGUGCACAUGGUGCUUUGAAUUCAGGAAAUUACAGAUCUCCAUCUCACAGGGCAUUGCACUGACCCACUUGCUUUCAGCAAAGGGGCAGAGGGACAUAGUGCAUGACCACCACCCACUGCAAGGACACAGGCCCCUCAGAGCCUGCCUCUUACCUGCUCUCUACCCUCACCACCAUGGAGCCAGAGCCCAGGCUCCAGAAAAGCAGCUGCACACACCUCUGGAGCACCUGGAAGGGCAGCAUCACCGCCAGCGUCCUCACGGCCUGUGCCACUCAGAAGGCUCAGGAAAGCUCAGCACCAGGCACUGUCUGGCAGGGUGAGGUGGCAGAGGCAAGGACCAAAGCCAAACCAGGGGGACUCUUGGCAAAGGGGGCAUUCUGAGACAGAGGGCUUUGAGAGCUGCAUGUGCUGGAAACACAGGUGAAAGGAGGAGGAGGAGGAACACUGGCCCCACAGGACAAGGGACCCAGAGUCUGUUCUCUGGGACCAGCAAACUGGGGGGGGUUCACUAGAGGACACAACAGGCAGGCAGUGCUACCAGGGAUGAACCCAACCCCAGCAGCUCCUCUGGAAUGUGCAAAUAAAGCGCAGAGACAGCCAAGAGCACCUGCGUCCUGCCAGCGCCGCAGGGCAUGACCUGCCCCCUAAGGUACAUGUGAAACUGAUGCUACAGGAGGUCCAGCCUCAAGCUGGCAAAAGGACAUCAGCAAACAGAGACUCCAACUCUCACCUUCUGGGGGCAGGAAAGCUCCUUUCUCAAUCUUUUCAAAGCAAAAGGCAGUGGUGGGUUUAGCUAGUACGGAGCCAUCUCUUCCCACCCUCGGAUCCUCCAUCUACCUUUGCCAGACAGACAAGGGCCGAGUGCAUCUGAGUCCUGGGGAUAAGCCAGGAUCUCAAGGAAAGCAUUUUGUGAGAUCAUGUCUGCACCGGAAAAGAUUCUCUCAUUCUGAAACUGAUUUUGAGAUUCUCAAAAUUACAGUACUUUACAAUACAAAAUGUCUCCAUUCAGUAUUAUGUCAUUUUACUCCUUCUGGGAUUGUAAGAAUUAUUAAAAACACUCAACUUUCUAGAAAGGACAGAACACCACAAAAGAGACCAAAGAGUAACGGGAAGGCUGCUGUAGUAUAUCAAAACCAAUUUAGUGCAAAGGAGAAGGGGACUUUCAAGAAUGGUUGAUGAAAAGUGUUCCUCAUACGCUCAUUUGGAGAAAAGGCAUUGAUUUAACCUCUGAAUGAGAUCAGGUUGCCAGCUUCUAUCCUGAAGCUUAGAACAUCAACACAAAAGGAUUGAAACACAAUAUGCAUGGCCAUUAAAAAAUAAUAUUAUA